CGCACCGUGCUGUGGGCUAACAGCUUGGAGGCUAACAAUGUGGAUGCUGAGCUAGAUCUAGCCAUUGUGCGGAUUCGAUAUUUGUUCCCUCGGUGUGUAACGCUGUUCCGUACAACUCCAAAAUGAUCCAAAAAAUCAUCAAGGAUUGGAGCUACUAAGUGAACAAACCAUCUGCAGACACUGACAAUGCUUGGUUUACAGGAAACACAAUCCACAAGGACUCCCACAACUAAAACCUACAGGUGUGUGACGUGCUUAGCAAGAUUUCAUACUUUGGUGUCUCUUAUGGAACAUGAAGAAUCUCAUGUCACUGAUAUUUCCAGCCUGCCGAAGGUGACAUCACCCACUUGCAGUGACUGUGGUAGCUUGUUUGCUAGCACAGAACUUCUUGAUAAGCAUUGCUGCAUGGCAGUGCCCACUUCUGUUCCUCAGGAUACUGUCAAAUGUGAAAAUGAGGAAACGCUUCUGGCAUGUAGUCCUACUGAGGAGUUUCAAAAAGAUCAACAAACUGAAACAUCUGCUGAGUCAAUGAAAGAACCUAAAACAGAACCAGUCUCUGAACCUGUCGGAAUUCCGUCCUGUGAGAAUUCACCUCCUUGUAUGGAAAACGUACCUGAACAGGGUCUACACAAGAUACAUACACAAAAGGAGAGUAUAUCUACUUUAGAUGCAGAUCCUGUAAAUAGCCUCAUCUUACAUGAACACCAAAAUGAACUGCAACCAACAAGUCUUUUAUGCCCUUCAACUCCCACUAAACUGCAAGACCAGUCCUUUGACAAUGACAGUGAUGUCAAUUUUAAAAAUGACCACAUAUCGCUUUCUGACAGUGACAUAUCACCAGACCAAAGUCAUAAGUCAACAAAUGCAAAUAAUACAUUGCUUAAAAUGCUAGCUUCUGCCUAUAUGAGCUGUAAACGACCAGCCCAAACGAAUUUGGGUCAAAACAAAAGGGCUUUGCCUCCCCGAAAAGUUUCACCAAGGGCACCAAUACAGGCUCCAAUGGCUGUGACAACAUUAAACAGGGAAUUGUCAGUUAAUCAGCUGACCCAGGAAGCCUCAGGUCACAAUACUUCACAUCCUGACGGCAUGCUUACUGUCAAGCCCAGCAACACCUUUUCAAAAAAGAGUCUAAUAUCCAUGACCAAGAUUUUGUGCCCUGUGGUGGCACUCGAGACCCAUCAAAAGCUAAUACGGGACAACAUCGAGGGCAGACAUCAGUGCGGGCUCUGCCGCAGGAUUUUUCAAGAUAAGGACAGCCUGAUAAUGCAUCAUGCUUUGCAUAGGAAGGAAAGAGUAAAAUUUUGUCGCCGUUGUCAAGAAUUUGUAUUAAGUGUUCCUUCAGUUCCAUUUAACCAUGACUGUUUUUCCUCACGCGGAGGUACACUCAAGUCUUUCUUUACAUCACUGCACUCAAAAAAGUUAUUUCAAUGUCUGCAGUGCAAUCGUACCUAUACACGGAGACACAGACUUAAAGUACAUAAAUGCCAGGCAGCUGGGGAUCCAGCCCUAAAAAAUUACAAAGUCUACACUUUAAAUGGGGCGUCUAAUGCGAGAGAACCAUUUCUGUCGAAGCGACAAUCAACAUGCCAUGCCUAUGUUGGUGCCAAUACAGAGAAACGUAAAAAGAUAAACGAUUUCAAGGUUCAGUCAGGUUUGCCCAAGAGUUUCCCACCUUUUCUUCCCAACAUGUCGAAGACUACUUCAAUGCAGUCUAUGGAAAAUGUUGUAAUGGUAGAAGAGGAAACUGAAGAAAAGACAGAGAGAAGUAAAUUAUCAAAAGAGGGGCAGUGGACUGUACCACUGGGUUAUUCUGAAGAUGUGCUGACUGAUGAAGAAAGCUGUAAAAGUUUAGAUGUGUGCAAAGAAAAACCUGAAGAUGAGGUGAUUAUUGUGGAGCCCGGUGUUAAGUCUGAAACAAAAUCAUUAACCUUAAAUAAAGAUAUUCGUGUGCAUAUUUCUGACUUGGGUGUAAGGCGGUUUUCUUGUAACCGAUGUCAACGAAGCUAUGCCCGGCGAUUCACCUUAAUUCAGCACCUUAAGAUCUGUAGGACGGGAAGAUUCACGGAGCCAAACAAAUCCACUGAUGUCCUAGAAAAAAUGUUUCCGUGUCCCCAGUGUGGUUCCUCAUUUACCCGCAAAGAUAAUAUGAAGAUGCAUCUGAAAAGGUGCCAGUCGGUGAGACAGCCAUACUCAAUGGAUAGGAAUAAGAUGAAGCAAAACCAAGCAGGCCAUGAUAACAUAUUUGUGUUGCCACCAGAUUCUAAGAACCAAUCCAGACAGGAUGGUAGCAAUAAUGGAGGUCCUGGUGGUGGAAACUGGGGCAUUAUGUCCCUACCAGCUGUUCUUCCCAGAAAAGUGACUUGCGAGUGCGGUGCUGCUUUCACAUGUCCGAGGCUUUUGUUCGAGCAUCUGCAGAAGCAUGCACAGGAGUCCUACAUUUGUUCUCAAUGUGGUGAUAAUUUGCAUUCUUGGGCUGAUUUGGAAGCACACCGAAAAUUACACGUGCAACCGUCAAGGCAAAACAUCCAGGACAAAGGGUCACCUCAACAGCAAUCUCAUGUGCAGCCUCAGAUUCAACAGGUACCGUGUUUUCAGUCGGCAGAGCAAAAUCUAAAAAGGGAGCCUCAAAGUCUUUGGAGGUCACGUUUAAAUCACUGGCCUUUUGCAGGGCCAUAUGUUUGCCACAGAUGUACGAAGGUAUUCAGACUUCGCAAGUCCUUGCUCAGACACCUCAGUAGGAGUUGCAAAGGAGAUACAGCUGUUCAAAACAAACACUCGUGUACCCGUUGUAGCAUGGCAUUCCAAAACCCCUUAGCCCUUGAUGCUCACAUACGUCUUAAUAAUUGUAGGCCUGCUUUCAAACCUCUUCGCUGCCCUGUGUGUGUGCGUUGGUUCAGUAGCUUGGAAGGACUUAAGAGACACUUGAUGACACACAGUCAGCAGGAGGAUCCGAUCUGUCAGAUAUGUGACUAUAAAUGCUCCAGCCAUUUGGUGCUUGAGGAGCAUAAAAAAAGCGUCCAUGGCAUCAACAGGGUUUCUGAGUUUUCUACUGUACAGUCUGCAACAAUUUCUCAAAGCAGCUCGUCAAAUGCCUUUUGCUGCCAGAUAUGUCAACGUACCUACCCAAAACUCCAGUCUUUGAAAGACCACUUAAGAAAGGUCCAUCGACCAAAGACAUUUAUCUCCGUCAACGUUGGCAACUCUGAGUCCAAACCUGACAUUCAGUUGUUGCAAAGCCAGUCCAGAGCUGUUCUUCCAUUGUCAACAGAGACUGUGCAACAAAGCCAGUCCAGAGCUGUUCUUCCAUUGUCAACAGAGACUGUGCAACAAAGCCAGUCCAGAGCUGUUCUUCCAUUGUCAACAGAGACUGUGCAACAAAGCCAGUCCAAAGCUGUCCGUCAAUUGUCAACAGAGACUGUGCACCAAAGCCAGUCCAAAGCUGUCCGUCAAUCGUCAACAGAGACUGUGCAACAAAGCCAGUCCAAAGCUGUCCGUCAAUUGUCAACAGAGACUGUGCACCAAAGCCAGUCCAAAGCUGUCCGUCAAUUGUCAACAGAGACUGUGCAACAAUGCCAGUCCAAAGCUGUUCGUCAGUUUUCAACAGAGACUGUCCAACGGAGCCAAUCCAAGCAUUUAAAGUGUCAAAUUUGUUCUUGUACCUUCGCUGACAUUCAGUCCCUAAUCAACCACAAGAGAACAGUUCAUCAUAUUCUAGGAGGAGGGCUCCCACCAUUAAAGGGAACUCUACAACCAAGCCAUGCCAGUCCCUUUCAAUGUCAAGUCUGUUCCCGAAGCUACCCAGACAUAAGUUCUUUGAGAAACCAUCGAAGGCGGGUUCAUCGCAUCAUCGGCGGUCUUGGUUUUAGUGCCGAAAUAUACAAGGGGCUUACUCACCAAAUCCAGGAGCGUCCUUUUAAGUGUCAGAUUUGCCUGCGCAGCUAUCCACACCUAGCAUCCUUAAAAAAGCACAGAAGGAGAGUGCAUCGCAUUUCAGGUAAUGCACUGGAUCCAGCAAAAGUGGAUGCUACACAUGUGAAACAAUCUCCAACGGAGUUUCUGCCUCUCACAGCUCCAAGUGAACCUGUUGAAACAGUUGCAGAUAUCUAGUUGGUUCUAGUUUAAUGUCAGUGAGAUCUUUUUGUUUUCUUGUUGUGUAGUCGAAGUAAAAAUUACAGUUAUAAAUACAAAAUAGUUGAUGUGUAAAUAUGUUAAAAACCUAGAUACCCAUUGCUGUUAAAAAAAAAAUGUGCAGUGCAUUUUAUUCAUUGCAUUAUUUAGUGCUAGCUUGGGGGUUCUGCAGUAUAGAUCUGUGUGCUGAUGUUCAAAUAACCUUGUUAAAAUUCACCACUCUGGCCGCUCAGGUGGUGCAGCGGUAAAAACACACGCUGGAACCAGAACUCGGAUCUCGAAUACAUCGUAUCGAAUCUCAGCUUUGCCUACCGGCUAAGGCUGAGCGGCCACAUGAACAACGAUUGGCCUGUUGUUCAGAUAUGGGCGGGACUAAGCCGGAUGGGGUCUCUCUCCCAUGACUGGUGCAAUUUCGACCUCUGCUGGCUGAUUGAUGGCGCCUGCACAGAGAUGAGAAUAGAGUGCUCUCAGGGUGUGUCCUCUGCACUGCACUCGUCAAAAGUGUAGGUGAUAAAAUGCAUGUGGCAUGCUGCCCAUGUGUCGGAGGGAGCGUGGGUUAGCUUCGUUCUCCUCAAUCACAGCAGGGAUUGGCAUUGGUGGAGAGGAAGCAUGACGCAAUCUGGCAAUUGGACGCGCUAAAAGGGAGAAAAAGGGGAAAAAAUGCAUAAUGAAAAUUUAUAUAUAUAUAUAUAUAUAUAUAUAUAUAUAUAUAUAUAUAUAAAAUUCACCACUCCAAUUGUUUUAAUAUGUAAAAUGUUUUAGACUAAGACUUGCUCUUUUAUUCAGUCCUCAUGAAGGUGUUCAAUUCACAGCAGUAGUUUUUGCAUCUUUUCUAAUGGUUAGCAGCACAGCGUUUAGAAAAGACAUGGUGUUUUAAGUUGCAAUGUUUUUAUCUUUUUAAGUUUUAGUUUUAAGUGAAAAUGUAAGCUAUUUGUUUUCCAUUUGUUUUAAUAAACUGGUUGAGAAAUGUUAA